AUGGCAGCGCCUGAAAGCCAAUUUAAGUUCCCCGAUUUAAGUCCGAAAGAGCGACAAACGGCUUACGUUCAUCGAAGGGGACGAGAUGCAGAUAUUGUUGGGGUUUAUCCCGAGACCGCUGUAAUGGCGGCUAGAGGAUCACACCAACUUCUCUUGUUGACAGCUGCACUAGCUAGAGAGAGUCGACUUUGGUACGUAUAA